GCAACCCCACGCGCCCCUCUUCCUUUCUUUCAUUCCAUUUCUCAAAAUCCCCCUAACUUCUCUCUCUCUCACAUCCCUUUUCUCCUCGUCUCUCUAAAUUUUUCAGUUUCCUCUCAUUUCCCUCUUUUCUCCGUACAAUCCUCACAUAAAUAAACAAAAAAAAAAAAAAAGGGAAAAGAAUGUCGUCGACCGGAGCAAUAACGAAGAAUUACCACUGUUACGAAUGUGAACAUACAGUCACCAUUACAUCAUCACCAAAUUCCGAACUCACUUGUCCCAAUUGCAACUCCGCCUUUCUAGAAGAUUCCGAUACGGCCCCAAUCCCUAACCCUAACCCUAACAACAACAACCACCCCUUCUUCUCCGCCGCCACCUCCGAUGACCUCCCAUUCGGAGGCGCCGCCGCCGGCGGAUUCCCAAUCGUCUUCUCCUCCUCCUCCGCAGGCGGCGCCGGUAAUUCCGUCCCUUUCGAUGAUCUCAACGCUCUAUUUAACGGUAUGUCUGGUGCUGGUUCGGGUCGAUCCAACAAUCAAUUUGACCCGUUUGCUUUUCUCAACAACUAUUUCAAUACUAUGAGAGCUGGUGGUGCUGGUGGUGGUGCGAAUGUUCAGUUGAUAUUUGAGAAUCAUCCCGGUGGUGAAUUUAGGGUUCCAGGGAAUUUGGGGGAUUAUUUUCUUGGGCCGGGGCUUGAGCAAUUGAUUCAACAGCUAGCGGAAAAUGAUCCGAAUCGUUAUGGUACGCCACCGGCUUCGAAAUCGGUUGUUGCUGGGCUUCCUGAUGUUAAGAUUAAAGAGGAGUUGUUGGAUUCGGAUUCGUCUCAAUGUGCUGUUUGUAAAGAUACUUUUGAACUCGGUGAGGUGGCGAAACAGAUACCUUGUAAACAUAUAUAUCAUAAGGAUUGUAUAAUGCCGUGGUUGGAAAUGCAUAAUUCUUGCCCUGUUUGUCGGUAUGAGUUGCCAACUGAUGAUCCUGAUUAUGAGAAUAGGAAAACAUCGCAGUCUCAGACUGCUAAUACUAGUAAUGUGAAUACCAAUACUAGUAGUAAUAAUAAUAAUAAUAGUAAUUCCGUCAACGACAACACCAAUAAUACUGGUUGGAUAUUUGGGGGUUCAGAAGGUGGUGGGGGAAAUCAGGAGAAUUCUCGAACAGGAGAGAGGAGGCUUAGGAUACCAUUACAAUGGCUUUUUAGGGGACUUGGAUCACCUGCUGAGACGAGCAACAGUGGAGGAGCGAGCAAUGAUACUAACAAUCGCAACAACAACAAUAAUACGAGCAACGAUGGUCCUCGUGAGGAGUCUAAUCCGGAUUCUGGAGGGCAAGCGAGGCAGGAGGAUCUCGAUUAAAGUAUGGAGUUAGACUUCUGAGGAGAGCCGAGGUUUCUCCAGUGUGUACCAAGUUGUAAAAGAACAUAAUACAGUGAGGAGUAGAGAUCAAUGAUUUAAUAGUGUGCCUGUUGUAAUGAUUAUUGGUAAAACUUGUCACUCAAAAUUUCCGACUUAUACAUCCUUCAUAGUUCUGUAAAAAAAGGUUUACUCCAGUUUCACAUUAUUGUAUAUUUUUUCGAAACGCAAUUUUGUAAAUCUCAGUCCUUCCUUGAAUAGAGCUCUUUUUCUUCUCUCCUUUAAAA